AUGGAGAGCUCCUCAGCUAGGAGCAAUGUUUCUGAGGGAAAUCACCUGGGUUAUGCGAGAAGCACAUCUAUGGAUUCCACUGGUCCUCCAUUAGCUAGUAGGUCUGGCUCAAUGUUAAGCAGGAGAAGUAGCAGACAGGGCUCAAGGGGAUCCAUCAGCCUCUCAAGGGAUAUGGGGGACUCCAUACUGAGCUCGAUGAGGCAUUCUCUUCAGUCGGCGGAUCAAUUGCUAGGAGACAUCGAUAGCUCAGUUCUGGCUCAGCUCAUCGAAAGUGGUCGUGUUCUAUCACCCGAAGGCGAUGUUGAUGAGGAUACAGUAAGAAUCUCUGAGCAUCAUAAGAUUGGCCCUCUUCCAGAUGAUGCAAUAAAGCAAAACAGCAACAAAUUUGCAUCAGCACCUGCAUCUUCAGCAGAGACAAAAGAUACUACUAUUUCUAACGUCCUAGCAGAUUCAUCUACCAAGGUUGAACCAUAUAAGCUUUCUCUGAGGCUCGACUAUGCUGCUUACAUGAUCCAUUUAGCUGUCUUUGGCUUUUUCGGGGUAUUCACAAGGUAUGGGCUCCAAAAGCUGUUUGGCCCAGACUGCUUGGCACUCACCUCAGACCAAAGCCCGCUUUACCCUGACCUUCCAUCUAAUAUGCUUGGAUCUUUCUUGAUGGGCUGGUUUGGUAUCAUAUUCAAGGCUGAUAUACGAUACAUAUCUGACCAUCUUAUCGUCGGAAUCACAACUGGAUACAUGGGAAGCCUUACAACCUUCAGUGGGUGGAACCAGAAAAUGGUUGGUUUGUCUUCCAAAGGCCACUGGGUAUAUGCUAUAGCGGGCGUAGUACUAGGGAUGUUCAUUGUCAAUGAAUCCAUCACGAUUGGUGCUGAGACGGGUGAGCGCCUACGGAGUUUGAUCCUGAAAUACAUCAGGGAGAAGAGUUUGAUAGGUCACAAAUAUGACUGGGAGCACUGGAGGGUGGAUACCAGGACUAAGCAGUUUGUGAUUUUGUCAGUGAUGAUAAUUUUGAUGUCUUUCUUUUGGAUUUUGAGCAUAGUGUUGACUGUAGUAAAGAUGCAUAGUCUUGCUGACGGUGCUGUCCUUUGGAUGGGCUGCUCGGUAGCACCUCCAGGAGUUUGGCUACGCUGGUACCUGGCAAGGCUCAAUGGCCAGGGAAUUGGCAAGCAGAGAUCCUUGAAAUGGCUGCCCAUUGGGACCCUGGUAGCCAAUGUUCUUGCUGCAGGCAUCAUGGCCAUUCUUGCUGUAACCUCCAAAGCGGUACAUACAGAGCGAUCGACAACUAUUAUUAGUGGAAUACAGCUUGGCUUCCUUGGUUGCUUGAGCACAGUGUCUACUUUUGCUGCUGAAGUGUAUACAAUGAGAAGAAGCGGGCAGAUUGCCAGGGCCUUUGUUUAUGCCGCAUCCACUUUCCUGCUUUCUUUUGUUCUGGGAACUCUAGUGUAUUCUGUGCCAGUUUGGGAAAAGCAUUAUAAAUGA